AUAUCGAUUGGGUCCCGGCGUGGGCACCGCGCGCUCGUCAUGUGGCGAUCAUGAACGGUGUGCCCCCGCGCAACAACGAUAACGACGACGACGACGACGACGACGACAACGACGACGACGACGACGACGAAGCUCAGAUCGAGACGAGCGCGCCGCGGCCGAUUUAGCGCCGCGAGGGGAUUUAUCGACCGCGAUACUUAUCAUUGCAGUUUUGUCUCACUCAUAAUGGACCAUGCGCAAAGUACAAGCGAACGUACAAAUAUGGAGUUUGUAAGGCAGUUGUAUAUUGCCUGUAAUACUUUUUCUCAGGGGGUGUCAUGGAAAUAUCAAAAAUUCUGGCUACUGUAGACUCUUCAGUAUACAGCUGAAGCUAACGAGAUCUGAGAUGGACUCCCCGCCAUCAUGUUCGCUAAGCGCUGGGCCUCUCAGUGAUCUUGGUAGCAGUGGCCUGGGGGGUUCGAUAUCCAGUGAUUCCGUUAGAGCGCAUCUUGCGAUGGAGAUGCAGGAGAGCGACCUAGAGAGCAAGUCUCUAUCGCAAGAUUCUUUCGAUUACUCGGAUGGCAUGUGCGGCGAGAAUUUCAAUACCUUGAAAAAGGGCCCAGGCUGGGGUGAUGCGGAUGGCAAGCUGGAGGUUGAGGUGGUCGAUGUGGCGAUUAAGCCACCGCCUGAAUUUCAGGACAGCCCGUCGCCGCCGGACUCGGAGUCCUCGUCGGUGCCGAUUCUAAGCUAUGCACGACUAAUGAGACGCCGAAUGCCGCGCUGGAUCGACGACUAUGCCGAGAAUCUGAUGCAGUCAACGAUGGAGGAGGCGCUCGCGAUCUCUUGCCGUAUCUCCUGGCCGGAAGGAAGAAUCGCGCCCAUCACGAAUCAUCCAGUCUCAGUGGUCACCCGCUCCCAACAGACCAAUCCUAAACGCAUGUGGGAUCUAAUGACGCCACCAGUGUGUCAGGGCGCCGCCACCAUUACUAUUACUCCAUACAACACUUUAAACCGGCCGAACUCGCGCUGCUCGCUGGCUUCCUCGCGACUAUCCAGCUCGCACAAUUCCAUCAAUACCACCGGCCUCGGUCACAAGGCCGACGACAGCAGCUUCAUUACAUCCGCGAUGUCGCAUGAUGUUUUAACAACAAGUGAAAUCAGCGACAUGUACAAUGUACCCUUCGACUCGGACAUUUACACAGUGCCGAUCGACGUGGUGCGGCCGCUGCACGAUCUGCGGACGCCACAACGGCCUAAGCGGCAUCGGCAUCAUCGUAAGAGACGGCGGAACGUUUCCGCGAGUUCACAAAGCGAGCUAGAGGCGCAUAUCCAGCAGGCGCGUCAUUAUUGCGGCAAAUCUCGUGCCAUCACGCAUGUAAUCAAGUCGCAGCGUUUACUGGCUGAUGUGUGUUGUAACGACGGCAACCCUGGUGUCGGCAGUGGUGGCGGCGGCGGUGGUGGUGGUGGCGGUGGUAGUGGUAGUGUUGUUAGCAGCGGUGGUGCCGGCGGAGGCAGUGGUAGUGGCGGUAAACGACACAGUGUGCCGGGCACUUCUGGUCGUCACGGUGUCAGAGCGUCGAAUGGACAUGCACACAACAUUGGCGAACCAAUCCACAUGACCUUGCACGAGGUGCGUCAGUACCUACAGACGUUGUAUUCGAGUUCUAGCGAUUCUAGCGAGAAUAAGAUCAAACGGGAUAAAGCUCCUCUGCUGUGUCAUACGCCGGUGCACCUCGCCGCGACGCCCAAGGCUCUCAGUGUAAAUAAUAAUAAUAGGUAUAACAGUAAUGCACACACGGACUCGUCCACGGACACGCCGGUGUCCAACAAGAGCACUAGUAACGGCCUGAUGAUUCAUCACCAUAAUAACAACAAUAAUAAUCAUAACAACAAUAAUUCUAAUAAUGUAAAGAAGCACAAGAGAAACGCCUUCGUCGGUAUUAGGCACAAGAAAGCGCGUGACGAAUCGCACAAAGAGAAGAACGACUCCGAGCGAGAGAAGAUGAAGAAGAGUCAGCGUAAUUUCUCACUGAAUCUGAAGCAGACUCUCUGUAACAUCUUCCGAUUUCGACGACUAGGCUCUCCGGACCACUUUGUGGAGAAACGGAAUAGCAUCGUGCAAGGAGAGAUCGUUGAGGAGGAAGAGGGCGUUGAUUCCGAUCAGCAUGCAAAUAACAACAACACUGCUCCGACUGAAGUAGAGCCGUCCGCGCAGAAAUUGCCAUUCUUCAAACGUGCUCUGCCACCUCUGCCAAAGAGUAAUAGUCAAGUGGGUGUAGAGCAGGCGGAGGAGGCUCUCACAGCAAUGGCGCCCAAAUGCGAGUCUCCGAAUUCGGUGCAGCAACAAGUUCCACCGUCUGUCGUGCGACCGGAAGAAGAUGCCGCAGAGGACACGAGUAUGGAUUUUGCAGCCAGUAUCGAGAAAGUGAAAGAUUACGGAUGGUAUUGGGGACCUAUAUCCGGUGAAGCGGCGGAAAAGAUACUGUCCAAUGAACCGGAUGGCUCGUUUAUUGUGCGAGACAGCAGUGACGAUCACUACAUAUUCUCCUUAUCAUUCAGACUCAAUAGUUGUGUGCGACAUGUAAGGAUAGAACACGAUCAGGGUAAUUUUAGCUUCGGCAGCUGCACGAAGUUCAAGUCGCAUACCAUCGUUGACUUUAUUGAGAAUGCGGUUGAGCACUCACGCAGCGGUCGUUAUCUCUUCUUCCUGCAUCGGCGGCCGGUUCUAGGCCCGAUGCGAGUACAGCUACUCCAUCCGGUGUCACGCUUCAAACAGGUACAGAGCUUACAGCAUACAUGCAGGUUCGUCAUCCUGAAGAUGGUACGCAGGGACUUGAUCCCGACCUUGCCGUUGCCGCGGCGGCUUAUCGACUAUCUCAGCACGCCCCAUUAUUACAGCGAGCAGCUGGCGGCCGAACAGGAUGACCGGGCCGAAUCACCGGUCAGCUCGUCAACUGGCGAGCUGGAGAAGAUCUGCUUCACGCCGCAGGGUCUCUCGUGAGGUAUAGUCGUGUGACUUUUCCUUCCUCUUCUGCUCCGCUUUUCGUGCAAAGAAAUACUUGAACGUCGCCCGCGGCGUUGAAGCAAAUUUAAUUCGCAGUUUAAUUAAAUUUUUGCAAUAUGUAAAAAUUUACAUCGCCGUUUGAUUCAGAUUCCGUCGAUGUAUAAAAAUUUAAUAAGUCGCUGGAUUAAAUUUCAGUUAAAUAUAAUAUGGAAUUUCAUCUACAAUUGUUACAUUAAAAUAUCUUACUGGUGCAUGCACAGUAACUUGUUUCGCUGUUUAAUUAAUUUUUCUUUACAUGUUAAAAUCUGUUUUGCUAUUUGAUUGAAUUCAUGUCAGUGCAUAAGAAUUUGAUUCUUAUAGCAUAAAUGAAUAUGUAUAAAAAUUCGACAUUUGCUACUGAAUUAAAUUUUGAUUAACAUAAAGGAAUUUAAUUGAUGAUUUAUAACUGAGUUAUUGUUAAUGUAGAAAUUUAACUGAAUAUAAUUGAAUUAAAUUUUCACGUUUACAUGCCGGAAUUUACUUCAUGGUUUAACUGAAUUUUUAUUAUCAUCGACGGCGUGAUGUACGAUUAAUGAUUUUGCGCUUGUGAUUUUGACUUUGACGAUUUACGGCGUAUCGAUUCGUAAAGUGAGUAUUGUGAUUAAACUUGAAAGUAGAAAAAUACAUAGAGAAAUUUCUGUGUGCACCAUAUAUCUCUAGAGCUGCAAGUUAUGGUCGUCUCAAGUUACCUGAUUUGAUUGCCGAAAGAAAGAAAUCACAAUUUUAUUUUUGUUUCAAUAGAAGUCAUUACAUGUAUGUGCUAUUUUGAAAUAUGCGCUAUGCACUUUUUGGGAUAACAUAGUUUUCUUUUUUCAAAUAAACGCAAUUUUGUGCAGCUUGCAUCGCAGCUAAAUAUGAAACUGUUUGUGGAACAUACCGCAUCAUUAUCUAAAGUGGCUUGGGAAAAGAUUCGCGACAAAAUCAUUUCUCGAUCUCUCAUCAAAUAUUACCCGUCGAUCACAUCUCCGUUAAUUUAUGCAGUACAACUUUAAAAAGGAGACACGCACCACAACCGAGAUGAGCGUAAACAAAUCCUGUAUAGCCCUUUCUAGUUCAGUUUUUUUUUAUCGACUAUAACGAAUGGCAAGAUUACAUGUGACAUAAAUCACGCACAAAAUAUCCGUUUAUACGUACACAUAUAAACAUAUAUAAAUAUACACACACGCGUAUAUGUAACGAAGGCAGAGAGAGAGAGAGAGAGAGAGAGAGAGAGAGAGAGAGAGAGAGAGAGAGAGAGAGAGAGCGUGUAAGAGAGAGACAGAUACAUGCAGUGGUCGAAUGAAAACUUUUUGCGUGCCAUACUUGCCAUUUUCUGUUCAAGUUUAUUAAUUGAUAUUUCUUUUUAACGUUGAAAAUUAUAUUUAGCCUUGCAACCAUGCUUUCUGUUAAAUUCGAUAGUUAAAUUAGAAUGUCUUUAUAAUUCAGAUUUAAAAUCUUUAAAAUAGAUGGUUUAGUUGAUUUAGAUUGAUUAAUUGUUGGAAGAUUAAAUCAACAAGAUAAAAGCAUGGGAUAAUGCGAAUUACAUUUUGUGGAAAUUCUUAGAUUUUUCUUUUACGAAUCGAUUACGCGAGACCAUUGAAAAUUAUCUCUUGAUUAUAAAAACUCUUCACAAAUAUAUAUAACUAACAGAAAUUCUAGCAAUAUAUAAAGGGUAAGUCGCAAUGCGCAAUUUAAAUGUUGUAUAAUUUCUCGUUCGUUUAAGUAACCAAUUUAAGACUAAUUAACAUUUAAUUGAUAUAAAAAGAAAAGUAGUAAAACAUUACUGACUGGUGCUAUACAAAACUAUACCCUUUAUUUUCGUACGCGGUUAAAUUAAUUGCGCAUUUAUUUUUGUGCUCAAGUUUGAAAUACAGCACAUCGUGCAAUAACUUUUAUCAAAAUUAAUCGGAUUUUAGAUCGCAAUUCUAGUUAUAUUUUUAUAUUCUUUUAAUUGUAUAUAUUUUAAUUAUAUACGAUGUAUAUACGAUUCUUAAACUAUUAUUUAAAAAAAUUAUUUACUUUUAAAUAUUACUUUUUAAAAGUUAUAAAAAAGUGACACAACUUUCUCUGCAAACUUUUUCAAAGUAGAUAUUCAUUGCAACCAAUUUUCAUAUUUCACUGUUCCCUAAAGUUUAACAUAAUGUGGCAUUAGUAUUACUAUAGAUCUUCCAACGAAAAACUUGCUGUUGCAAGCUGUAACUGAAAAUCAUAAAGAUAUGUUUCAUAGAUCCCCUUUCUCAUUCUUUCAACAUUCACUGAUAUCGAGGAGUGAUUCGUUGACUGAUUUAUUACCUCGAAAUGCAAGUGAACACGAUUACGUUUAUCUAGGAAGUAUAUCGCUUGAAAUUUCGUUUUUGCGCUUUGAUAAAUUCGCGGGACAGUAUAAUACACACAGACACAAUACGCGCUAACAGACACGUAUACACGGACAAAUUUUGUACCCUGUAUCCACCAGGUAGAUUUUGCAAUACGAUUACUAUUAAUAUUAACGAGAUCGUCCAGAAGGACUGUGGCGAGUCCUGCGUGGGUAUUGUAAGGCAUGUGCGUAUAGUUAAUAAUGGUACCACAAUACCUCAGUUACAGAGGGAGGUAUACGUAUAUAGUGCAGAAUUAGUAAGAUUUUAUAACGAGCGUAUUUACAUCGGUAUAAGUGGCACACAUCUCUCUCAAACACACACACACACACACACACACACGCACGCACGCACGCACACGCACACAACCCAGACACACGCGCACACGACAAACGUGUGAUUUCACAACAAGGAAAUUCUAGUUGUAAGGGAGCGUGAACGUCUUAUUUGAUAUAAAAUAUGUGUUAAGGGUCAGUUGCAUUAACAGAUUUAAUUAAAUGACGCGCGACAACAGGUGGUAAUCCUAGCUAAAUAGCGAAUUAAAGAAUAAACUUCCGAUUAACUGCGUUAACUUGUGUCAAUUUUAAGUUUAGUUAACUAUCGUAACUUAGUUUAUUUAAAUUAAUUUAAAUUAAAUUAGAUUUGAUUAAGAUUCAAUCUUGUUUUAAUCUAAGUCAAUUUAAUUAAAGUCGGUUUAAAUUAAUUCCGAUUAGCGCUAACGUUAGUGCAAUCGCCUCUGAGAUUUAGUUGUACCUUGAUUAAUUAACUCUCUGUAAAUCAUAGUCUUAGCCAGUAUGUAGAUAAGAGAGAAAUAAAAGUUUAUUUAAUUGCAAAUGUUAACCGAUGUUUUUGCUAGCUGCAGUUGAUGCAACCGGCUCUAAGAAAUUAAUUGUAAGAGAAACAUAGAGCGUUCUGCGCCAAGCGGGAAAGGCCUCCAAGGCUGCAACGUGUCGAAGCUAAAUAUAAUAGGAGAAGAGAAUAUUAUUAAGUGCAAUAUUAACUGAGGCAUUUUCUAAAUUAUUAAUCGAGAUUUUUAAGACGAAAGUCGAGUUUAGCGCAAAAUACGGCACGUUCACAGCCCAGGAGAAGCUCGUAAAGGUAGCUCAAGUCUCCGUCUCUGAUUGUCGAUUGCGUGAUUAGGCGACGGGAAGUGUAUGAGUCAAAUGUUUUUGUAUAUUUGUAACAUUUUUGUCGUCGUCGCGCGCGAGUACGCGCGGCGUCGUAUGGAGUGAUUGCUUUUGAAUGUACACUUCUUCUAGCGAAAUGUGAUAUUACUGAUAAACGGACGCGGUCCGUCUCGCAACAAGCGAAACGCUGCAAACGUUAAACGAAUCGAGCGUUCAUAUACAGACUGUCCCGGCACUGUUGCGUACUUUGCUCUUGAUUUUUCGACUAGCUCGCAAUGAAUUUUUAAAGUGUGGUUUCGGUAUGCGAUACCUUGCAAGUGAAAUGAAACUUCCGAUACUGGUUGUGAAAAAUGUGGCAGAUUCGUUCGGAGGCCCGAUCAAGUUCCGAUAAAGAUUUGAUCAUCGAUCGGUGUUACUAUCGCUUGGCACAGAAUGUAAAAUGCAUCCUUUCUCAUAUGCCAAAGUAUGCAGCUGUACCCAGAGUACAACAUCUGUGUAUUUUCGUUCGGUGUUAAAUACAUAAUUUUAUGAUUGUUUGUGUUACGUUUUUAAGUAGAUAUAUUUGCAAAAUUUGGCACAGAAAUUUUUUAGGAAUUAUAAGAAAAGGGAUCAAAGAAUUAAGAUUAAUCUUAGAAAGCUAACUAUUGUUUCUUAAAGUUGUUUAUAACUAUGUGCUUCUCUGAGUAUAUUUGAUGAGAAUUAAAAAAAAUACGCGCAAAUUUACUUCGUUGACUUAAUCUCUUAUCUAAUUAAAAUGAUAGUGUAACUUUAAAAUAUAUUUAAAAAGUCUAAUUUCGAGAAAUAUUUUAAAAGAUUGAAAUCUUUCCAAUCUUCAGAGAUCAGAAAAAAAAACAAUACAAACAUAUAUGUCUCAGAGAUGUACAGAUAAUAUUCUAGAGUUAAAAGAAAACUAUACAAGAUGUUGUACUUCGGCUGUACGAAACAGAUACAUAAAAACUUUAUUAUUUACAUAUAAUUGCCGAAUGCUAGUCACAAAUACUGCAUUUUCAGUUAAAUUUCAGUAUUGUUUAUUAAUAAAAUACAAAUUCACAUGCGAAUCUUGUAUUUAUUCUUACUAUUCUUAUUAAUAUUCUUAUCGUUUCAAUUCAAGCAAAACGGGAGAGAGUGAGAAGGAACAAAUUGCAAAAGGUCUGAAUACAAGGAACAAACACAUUCAAAAUUAUUGAAUAAAAGUAAAAAAACUGAUUUUUAAGUUUUUGGUAAAUUUUCGAGCCUUGCCAAAUUGGCCAAAUGUUUUUUUUAUAUUCAUACAUGUUAUUUAAGCUAAGCAUCGAUAAAGAUAAAUAUGUUUAAAAAAUUGAUAAUUUUUAAGUGUGUACUUGUCUGAUCCUUGUAAUUAUACCUGCAAUUCGAUCGCAAAGAUCAUCUACUGUAUACGCGACAAGAUAUACUCAUUUAUUUCUUCUAGUCUAAUUGCAGGAUGUUUUGCGUAAAGUGACUCGACGCCAUAUUUACGAGGGAAUAUUAAUAAUGGGAAAAAAAAAGUUUGCUACAGAAUUUUUCUGGGAAAAAAUAUAUUGAUUCAAAAUAAUUUUUAAUGUCUUCAGGAUUUUAAAAGAAAGAUUUUAUCUUUCAAAUUAAUCUUUUGGAUUGGGAUACUUUAAGUGGAACACCCUGUAUGUCUUUGUCACCAAGUUCGAUUGUUAUCAGAGCGGGAUGUGCACGAUAAUCAAUCUGCUGCGGACUUCUUGAUUUUUGUAAAUACGAUGCGGCAAAAUACGUUCCGGAAUUUCUAUCAGGAUCGUGCCGACGAUUUCUCGAUCGUCAUUUGCGUAAUUCCGUAAAUGUAAAAAUAAGAUAACUGCAAGAGCAAUUCGAUUUAUGAUUUUGUCCUGAGUUUCUUUUCUAAAAGUUUUUCAGUGAAAGAAUCACUACUACUCUUUUUGUUUUCAUUACAUAUAUCUUUGUAAAAUAUUAUAAAUAUAUUUAUUUAAUGCAUUUUUCUCCUUGUGAAUAUUAAAGAAUACAUUAAUUGAUAAUGCGUUUUCGCCGAUAUACAUUUACAUGCGAAUAAUGUAACACCAUAUGCGAAUGUGAUAAUUACUUUAACAUCGCCGUAGGGUAAUUUAUGGGAUCAGUUGAUAAUUUUAAAUACUAAUAUAUAUCUUUAACGUUAAUCACGCACCCGAACACAAGAAACAAAUCCUGUCCUUCGUUAUCGGUUUGUCACAGUGAAAUGUGUGGUACUACAUGUAAGCGUAUGAGAUAAUCGCGUAUGUAUUUGAUUACCCAUGUUUGUACUGCAAUGUUGAAAAUAAACAUUUUUUGAAA